AUGGUUUUCGAACCGUCCCCAUUUCUGCAGCCUGGCGAGCGAACCAAGCCUGGCGAGCUCGCUAUUGUUAGCUUGGCGCGUGACGACUUUGACGCCAUUCGCCUCGAAAAGUCCUCUGGAGCGGUCGACGGAUACGCAGAAGGCGCAACGCUAAAUACAAGAUUCGGCUCAUUUCCGCACUCGACACUACUCGACAUACCUUGGGGAUCUCAAGUUCGCGCAUCGGCGGUAGAUACUGGAUCGCGAGGCCGCAAACGCCGCCUAGAGACGACAGACGACGACACACCCGCCGUGAGCCAAGACGAGGGCAGCAAGGCGCUUGUGAAAAAGGCUACUGUGGCUAGCAGUGGCUUCAUCUACGUUCUUCGACCCUCUCCGGAGCUCUGGACCAGCAGCUUGCCGCACAGAACCCAAGUCGUCUACACACCCGACUACAGCUACAUCCUACAGCGUAUACGAGCGCGCCCCGGCACUAGAAUACUAGAGGCCGGUGCAGGAAGCGGCAGCUUCUCUCAUGCUUCAGCGCGAGCAGUGUAUAAUGGAUACCCGACAGACGAGACCGAUACCAAGGGCAAGGUGUUCAGCUUCGAGUUCAACGAGGACCGGUUUCACAAGAUGAAGGAGGAGAUCGAGAGCCACGCCCUCACCGGCAUCGUGCAAAUACAGCACCGAGAUGUAUAUAGAGACGGUUUUAUGGUAGACGGGAAGUCGCCCAAUGCCACGGCCGUAUUUCUCGAUUUGCCGGCCCCGUGGAAAGCUCUCCAACAUCUCUCGCGCCGCAGCGGCUCCUCGCCUCUGGACCCCAAGCAGUCGGUCCACAUCUGCACAUUUUCGCCUUGCAUCGAGCAAGUAUCAAGAACAGUUACCGAGCUGCGGACACUCGGAUGGACCGAUGUCGACAUGGUUGAGAUCUCACAGCGCCGGCUCAACAUCCUCCGCGAGCGGGUCGGCGUAAAUCUGCCCAACGAGCGUGGCGUUUCACAAACACCAGCCGACGUGCUUGAGGCGGUGACGAAGCUGCGCAAGGUGAAUCAGCAAAAUAAGCAAUUCCAACAAGCGCAAUCUGGACAGCAAAGCAAAAGCGCCACCGCCGACUCGACGGGCACUGACUCACCCGCUGCGGCAUCGGAAGCGGCAGCCGUGGAUGACGACCACGACAAGCCGUGGAUGCAGGGACGACUCACCCACCGCUCCGAGCCCGAUCUCAAGACGCACACCUCGUACCUCGUCUUCGCGGUGCUGCCGCCAGAGUGGUCCGAGGAGGACGAGGCCAAGGCGCUGGCCAAGUGGCCGUGCGGGGAGGAGAGCAAGAUCAUUGGCAACCUGGACAAGGAGUCGCGCAAGCAGGAGAAGAGGGAGCUGCUUGCGUCGCGCUCCAAGAAGCGCAAGGCCAAGGGCGAGCCGGCUCGCGCGCAGACUAAGAAGCAAAAGGCGAACGAUGAUACCCAAGCUGAGUCUGAGGACACGCCAGCUGCAAGAUAG